GGAUCAAUCGAAUUAAAAAUCGUUCCUUUUUGCUCUUGGGUGUUCAAAUUUACCCACAAGAAUUCUACCCAGGUGAACUUGAACUCGCUUUCCACAUCAAUCUUCUUUCGUGAUAUGCAUAUAUGAUUCGAGGGAAUCACACUCACCAUGGAAUAGUAUCCAUAAAUUGACUCGGAUUGGUCUUAUCCUUGUCGUUUUAGCUGAAAAAGAAUGGAAUCAAGUAGCGUUGAUAGUACUGUGUCAUCAUUGAUCAUGAUGGAUGAGGAUGUUGUGCAUCCCCAUCAGUUUUCUUCAGUCACCAAGCUACAUAGCAAUGGUCCUGCUGCUACCAGUGUUCAUGAGCUUCUUGAAUGCCCUGUUUGCACCAAUUCAAUGUACCCUCCAAUCCACCAGUGCCACAAUGGGCAUACCCUUUGUUCAACUUGUAAGACAAGGGUACACAACCGGUGCCCAACUUGUAGACAGGAACUGGGUGAUAUAAGGUGUCUAGCAUUGGAAAAGAUAGCAGAGUCACUUGAACUGCCUUGCAGAUACAGCUCUCAUGGGUGUCCAGAGAUAUUUCCUUAUUAUAGCAAACUCAAACAUGAGUCUGUUUGUAACUUCAGACCUUACAACUGCCCCUACGCUGGAUCAGACUGCUCUGUUGUUGGGGAUAUUCCAUACCUUGUUACUCAUUUAAGGGAUGACCACAGGGUUGAUAUGCAUUCUGGAUGCACUUUUAACCAUCGCUAUGUCAAGUCUAAUCCCAUGGAAGUAGAAAAUGCUACAUGGAUGCUAACAGUCUUCCACUGUUUUGGUCAGUAUUUUUGUCUCCAUUUCGAAGCUUUCCAGCUUGGUAUGGCUCCGGUUUACAUGGCAUUCCUCCGUUUCAUGGGCGACGAAAGAGAGGCUCGGAGCUACAGCUACAGCCUGGAGGUAGGAGGAAAUGGACGUAAACUAACUUAUGAGGGCAGUCCAAGAAGCAUUAGAGAUAGCCAUAAGAAAGUUAGAGACAGUCAUGAUGGCCUCAUUGUAUAUCGGAACAUGGCACUUUUCUUCUCAGGUGGGGAUAGGAAGGAGUUGAAGUUACGAGUAACAGGAAGGAUAUGGAAAGAACAACAGAACUCUGAAGGUGGAGUGUGCAUACCAAACCUGUGUACCUAGAUUUCUUGCAUCUUUCCCCUUCAUCUGAGUUAAAUGGGGGGUUACUGUUCUUGCUAGCUGUUGAUAAUUUUGGAAAGUAUUUACAUCUGCUGAAUGGUGAUGGAGAUUUCAACUUACAAAAGAAGUUCCUUUCCCUUUUCUUGAGUUCUAACCAAGAUACUUGUCAAGUCUUUGUUCCUACGUGUAUCAUAUGCUAAAUUCCUCAAAACAGUUUUUCUCAUAGAAGUGUUUAAAUCUGGCAUCGCUAAUCGGAUUUUUUUUUUUUUUUUUUGGGUUUAAUCUUUUCUACAUACUUUGCAUAGA